UGUUAUGAUCAAUAAAGCGUUUGAAUCGGACGCGUGCUCAGUGUAAAUUAUCUACAUAGAUUAUGAUGGUUUCUGUCACCCCACGUGUUUCGUGUUUGGGAAAUGAAUAACGAAAGCUGGAUGGAUGAUUAAAACGUUUUAUUGUUAAAAUGGACACAGAUAUUGCAGUGCAGAGGCUAGAGAGUCUGGACUUCCGCUUCUAUCUAGAGUCGGAGAUCGAGAACCUCAGUGUAAAGGAAAUAACCAAUGCUCAGACAUUUGAUUCACUUGCCCAUCCAUGCUCUGGUGGACUCUAUGAUUCUGCUCUUGGACCAACAGAUAGAGAUGAUGUUUGUGGAACAUGUGGACAAAACUUUGUCCAUUGUCCUGGUCACAUGGGUCAUAUAGUGCUACCCCUUCCUGUGUACAAUCCAGUCUACUUCUCCACUCUCUACCAGAUUCUCCGUGGCUCCUGCUUUAGCUGUCAUCGUCUGACCGUCGCUUCACUAUCCGCAAUUUUAUUUGUGAAGAAGAUGGAUCUGUUGAAUCAUGGCCUGUUGGCAGCUGCUGGAGAACUUGAAGAGUUUGUAGCCAACCAAGCAGAAGAGCUGGGGAGAAAUGCUGCUGCAGAGGAAGUGAUUAACAGUAACAUUGAAAACAAGAUGAAGACAUGGCUAUCAGAAACGGGAAAACUUGAAGAAAUUUCUACUGUGAAAAAUGUUGAAGCAUUCAAAAAUACGGAAAUCAGUAAUUUCAUUCGUAGCAAGCUGAUGUUGACAUCAAUUUCUUGCCCUCAUUGUAAAAGCAAGAAAAGGCAAAUCAAGCAAGAAAACAAUGUGAAAUUUUUACUGUCUGGGAAAAGAAAAGAAAAAAUUGCAGUUAAGAAGUCCACUGGAAGUUCAGUGUCUAAGAAUGAUGAGGAGGAUAUCUCAAUGGAAAUGAACACCACACUGCCGGAGGAGGAGGAGGAAGACCGGAGCAGCCUCACAUUUGACAGUAUAGAACAGACAUAUAUAUCCCCUAGCCAAGCCCGAGAUCACCUGCGUCUGUUGUGGAAGCAAGAUAGAGUCAUCCUGAAGAACCUUUUUCACUCUUUGGCCAAGGCUGCCGAUGAUUCACCCGACAUUUUCUUCCUGCAGGUCAUUCCUGUACCCCCAUCAAGAUUUAGGCCGAUCUCCAUGAUGAAUGGCAGGAAAUUUGAAAAUCCUCAGACUGCCAACCUCUGCAGCCUGCUUGUGGAUGCCUCUCAUAUGAGACAGCUGUUGGAGGUUAUUGAGAAAAAGAAAAAUAAAGAAGGUGAAAAUGUGGAAGAAGAACUCACCAAGGGUGUUUUAUCUCAGAUCAGUGGUAGUACAUUGAUGGAGAAGCUACAAAGCUGCUGGAUACAGAUGCAGAACCAUGCCAACUCAGUCUUAGACUGUGACCUUGACAAACUGGCCAAGGACAAAUUUCCAGGUGUUAAACAGUUGUUAGAGAAAAAGGAAGGCCUGUUCAGAAAAAACAUGAUGGGAAAGCGAGUGAAUUAUGCUGCGAGAUCAGUCAUCUCUCCAGAUCCAUGUAUCAACACAAAUGAAAUUGGUGUUCCCGAAGUUUUCGCUAAGAAGUUGACAUACGCUCAGCCUGUUACACCGUGGAAUAUCCAAGAGCUGCGCCAGAUGGUGAUCAACGGGCCUAAUGUCCAUCCAGGGGCUUGUUUUGUCAUGAAUGAAGAUGGCUUUAAGACCAUGCUCAGUGCCAAGGAUCAAACACAGAGAGAAGCUGUUGCUAAGCAACUUCUCACUCCUGGAGCUAAUCAUCUCGGGCAGGAAACAGUAUAUCGUCACUUAAAGAAUGGAGAUGUGAUGUUACUGAACCGCCAGCCAACCCUUCACCGUCCCAGUAUCCAGGCACACAAGGUGAGAGUGUUACCUGGUGAGAAGACUUUGAGACUCCACUACGCCAACUGUAAGGCCUAUAAUGCUGACUUUGAUGGUGAUGAAAUGAACGCACAUUUUCCACAGAAUGAAUUGGCAAGGGCAGAGGCUUACACAAUAGCCAGUACAGACUUCCAGUACCUAGUCCCUAAGGAUGGCACACCUUUAGCUGGACUUAUACAGGACCACAUGGUAUCAGGGGUCAACCUCACACUCCGAGGCCGCUUCUUUACCAGACAAGAAUACUGCCAGCUAGUGUUCUCAGCCUUAGUAGACAAGAAAGGACCAGUGAAGACAAUACCGCCCUCAAUCAUCAAACCCUGUAAACUGUGGUCGGGAAAACAGGUUCUUUCCACAAUUAUUUUGAACACAAUACCAGUUGGUGCGGCAGCCCUAAACUUAACUGGCAAAUCUAAGAUUGCUGAGAAGAGCUGGUUAACCUCUGAACCUGACAUGGACCUGCCGAAGGAGGUUGCGGAGGAGAUGGGUGAGAGCUGGGUGAUUAUUCGUGGUGGAGAACUUCUUUGUGGUGUACUGGAUAAGGGUCACUAUGGGCCAACAUGUUACGGACUUGUCCACUGCUCUUAUGAGCUGUAUGGUGGUGGUAUAGCAGGAAAGCUGUUGACCUAUUUUGGACGUUUGUUCACCAACUUCCUGCAAAUCUUCCGAGGAUUCACCCUAGGGGUAGAAGAUAUCCUGGUUACGACACCUGCAGAUAAGAAGAGGUCACAAGCUAUCAAAGACUCUACACACUGCGGAGACGAUUCUGCAAAGGAGGCUUUGACAUUGGAUAAAGAUGCUGACUCAGCAAGUCUGUUGAGGGCAAUGAAGAAAGCCCACUUUAGUUCAGACGAUGUCGAGUUACAGAUGCUGGACCACAGCACAAAGACACGGACUGAUGAGGUUCAAAAUGCCAUUGUUAAAGCCUGUAUGCCUAAAGGAUUAGAAAAAAUAUUUCCGCAGAAUAAUCUACAACUGAUGGUCCAGUCUGGAGCAAAAGGUUCCUCUGUGAACUGCAUGCAGAUAUCCUGUCUGCUUGGCCAGAUAGAGUUGGAGGGACGGCGUCCCAGACCAAUGAUGAGUGGGAAGACCUUGCCGUCAUUCAUGGCAUAUGACACAUCUCCUCGUGCUGGAGGGUUCGUAUCUGGACGUUUCCUCACUGGAAUCAGGCCUCAGGAGUACUUCUUCCAUUGUAUGGCUGGGCGUGAGGGUCUCAUUGAUACAGCUGUGAAGACAAGUCGGAGUGGGUACCUACAGAGGUGUCUAGUUAAACAUUUGGAGGGGGUGUUUGUUAACUAUGACCUGACGGUGAGAGACAGUGAUGGCAGUGUUAUCCAGUUUUACUAUGGUGAGGAUGGACUCGACAUAUCAAAGACUGGGUUUAUUACCCCCAAGAUGUACCCUUUCCUCCUAGACAACCGGUCGGUACUAACAACACACAACAAUGACCACAGCCAUGUCGAUGACAAAAGUGUACGAAAGUGGACCAAAAAGAUAAUGAAAUGGAGGAAACAUGCCAAAAAGAAAAAUUCAGUAAGUGAGAGAAAUUCUGGAUUUCUGAACUUCUGCAAAAAGUCCAAGUUACCUGGAUCACACGACAAGAAUUUGGAUAAAAAUGGACGUACUUCUGGGGCUUGUCUGAUGUGUAAUGAAUGGAGAGCAUUGGAUGACAAGGCAAAGCAAAAAUUUACCAAGUUGUCAGGGCGGUGUCCAGAUCCCGCUACAGCCAUCUAUUUUCCCUACCAACAAGGCGGCGUCUUCUCGGAGAAGUUUGAGUCAAUGGUAAAGAACUUCUCAACCAAUGAACUGAAAAAGGUAGUGAAGGAUGAGUCUAUAGGGCCAGCAGAGUUCAACGCUUUGAUGAGGAAAAAGAUGAUGAAGUCUUUGGUAGAACCUGGCGAGUCGGUGGGGGCCCUUUGCGCUCAGUCUAUUGGGGAGCCCUCCACUCAGAUGACUUUGAAUACAUUCCACUUUGCUGGACGAGGUGAGAUGAAUGUCACUUUGGGAAUCCCACGUCUACGUGAGAUACUUAUGAUAGCCAGCGCCAAUAUAAAGACACCUGCCAUGGACAUCCCAGUGUUCCCCACUCCUCAGGCACGACAGACUGCCAAGACUAUACAGACACUCUUCAACAAGGUUACCCUAGGGGAGGUGCUUGAAGACAUCAAUAUAACAGAAUACACACUCAUCAAAGGCAGAUCCCUGGCCCAGAGGAAGCGUGUGUUUGACAUUCGUUUCAAGUUCCUGCCCUACCGACUGUACAGAGAACGCCUGGGAGUGACUCCAGCCUCCAUCCUAGCCUUCGUAGAGAAGACCUAUAUAAAGAGAAUCAUUAUUCUCCUCAAGAGAAAAAUGAAUGAGGGUAUAAGGAAAAGCAGAGUGUUGACAUCUGGGAAGUUACUGAAAAAAAACCUUCCAGACGAGGAUGCAGAGGAUACCUCUAAAGUAGACAAUACCGGUGAUCAGGGAGACUCGGAUCUGGAGGACACGACCGAGGAAAGUAAUGCAGUGGCUGACAAAGAAAAACAAAGACAUGACGAAGAGAAAGAAUAUGAUGAGGAUAUCAAUGAAGAGGAUGCACAGCCCGAGGAAUUAGAGGAGCAAGUUUCCAUGGAUGAGGACAGUGAUGAUGAGACGGGCUCCUCUGCCGAGGAUGACAUGGGUACAAUGGAAGGUGGGGAAGGCAACCAAACUACAGACAAGAUGACAGCCAGCAUGAGAAUAAAUACUGUCCUGAAGUCAGCAAAUGUUGAUGACUAUCAAUUCGACCAAAAAAGGCAAGAAUGGUGUCAAGUUAAGCUCCAGUUUAAUAUACAGAAUAGUAAAGUGGACAUUUCAUCACUGCUGGAGGCAGACGCCAAAUCAACCAUUGUCCACCAGAUUCCAGGCAUCAACAAAUGUUUCUUAACUGAACAGAUGGGAGCAGAGCGGCGAGAACUCCAUCUAAAGACAGACGGCAUAAACAUACAGGAACUAUACAAGUAUGCAGAUAUAUUGGACAUCUCUCAGCUCUACACUAAUGACAUCCAUGCUAUGGCCGAGACAUAUGGAAUUGAGGCUGCCUCAAGGGUCAUUGUCAAGGAAAUACAGAAUGUGUUUGGAGCCUAUGGUAUUGAGGUUGACUAUCGCCACCUGUGCCUUCUGGCUGACUAUAUGACCUUUGAGGGAUCCUAUAAACCAUUCAACAGGAAAGCUAUAGAGACGAGCAGUUCACCAUUACAGAAGAUGUCAUUCGAGACUACCAUGCAUUUUCUUGUGAAGGCCAGUAUCCAUGGCAAUAAGGAUCACCUGCGAAACCCAUCAUCUCAACUGGUAGCCGGGAGACUGGUGUCAUGUGGCACAGGAACAUUUGAUAUCUUACAACCCUUCUGUUGACAAAAUUUAACCCCCAGCUUAGGAACUGUUAAGAUUUGUGUUCAAGACCAUUGUUAAGUUUGAAUGAUGUAUAAUUACAUCAUAUUCAUUGGACUGGUUUGAAUUGUUCGUCCUUAAUAUGAGAAUGUGUAUGAAAUAUAUUGUAUACUUAAGCAACAAUAAACUAUUCUCAAAGGAAUAUUGUUUUAUUUAUGUCACUUUGCUCAGCAUUGAACUCUUUUUCAAAUGACUUCAGAAUAACCAAGGUAUCCAGGAACACACAUGGAUGAACAAAGGAUUAAAAAUACUUAUACCAUGAUAAUACCAUUGUCUACCUAAAGGUCACUGGGAUCAUAUGUGUAAAUUUAUUUCAAUGGCACAAGGAAGCAUGAUAUUUGGCCAAACACAUAUUGAAAUGAAUGACAUUGACUUACUUCCAAGUUCACUGGGAUCAAAUAGUCUACAAAAAAAAAAAAACAAUAAAAAAGAACUUUUGGAUCAUAUUUUCCAAAA